ACAUUCUGUUUAACAGCUGACCGUUGUUUACUUUUGGUCAUAAAAAAAAAGGGUUUUGAGCGUCUACAGUCGAAGUUACGAUACAUUACAAUCAACCAGAUAGUUCUCCAUUAUCAUCUGUGAAAGUGACUGCUUUUGAUAAGAUUGAAAGCCCGACAAUGUCCACCAGACGGCUUACAAUUCUCUACGGCAGUCAAUCUGGCACUGCCCAGGAUCUGGCGGAACAAAUUUGGCGUGACUCAAAGCUUUACCAUCUGCAAGGCUCCGUUUCUGCUAUGGACGAAUACGACGUCUCAAAAUUACUCGAGGAGCGUUUUGCGGUGCUUGUGUGUUCCACGUACGGCCAGGGGGAAGAGCCGGACAAUAUGAAACGUUUCUGGAAGUUCCUGCUUCGCAGAAACCUCCCCGUCGAUUCUCUUCGGAUGCUUUCCUUCGGUGUGCUUGGUCUGGGUGAUUCGAGAUAUCCCAAGUUCAAUUACGUCGCCAAGCGUUUGCACAAGAGGUUACUGCAGCUGGGAGGGAAUGCACUGCUUCCGGUGGGGCUAUGCGAUGAUCAGCACGAUUUGGGUUAUGGGGCAGUGUUCAUGCCCUGGAUGGACAAGUUUUGGGACAGUUUGUUGCAGUUGAGCCCCAUUCCGGUGGGUCUGAGCAAACUGGAGCAAAGCCCUCGAGAGUAUCGAUGGGUGAUUGAAAGAAGUUCGGAAUUACCCCGCGAAAACGAUGUGGAUAUGUACGGAGAUGUUAAAGUGGAAAAUUGCUUCCUUUCUGAGGUGGAGGAAAACAAACGAACCACCUCGGUGGAUCACUUCCAGGAUGUGCGACUUAUUACAUUCCCCAAGAAAAACGUUGACUGGACACCGGGGGAUGUAGUUUACGUAAGACCACACAACUCUCAGGAAGAUGUAGACAAAUUGUUCGAGCUGUUUCACGAACACAAUCUAAAAUUUUACAAAGAUACAGUGGUACUGGUGCAGGAAAUUGACUCAGAAAUGCCGGUUCCGGCAAUCCUGCGAGAACCCCUGUCGCUAUUGACGCUUGUUCAGCAGUACUGGGAUCUGACGGCCAUCCCGAGAGCACGUGCUUUCGCAGUGCUCGCCCGGACCUGCCCCGACGAGUUGGAACAGGAAAAGUUGCAGGAAUUUUCCAGCUUUGAGGGACAGGAGGAGCUGUUUUCCUACGCCAAUAGACCCAGGCGUACAAUACUGGAGGUGCUGCAGGAUUUUCGUUAUGCUUGUGGAGCACUAACACUGACCGCCCUCUUUGAACUGUUUCAACCGAUCAAACCUAGGGCGUUCUCGAUCGCUUCGUCGGCAGUCACUGGCAAACUGCAAAUCCUGGUUGCAGUCAUCGAGUACCGAACGAAGUUGAAGACUCCACGACGUGGACUAUGUUCGAAUUGGUUGAAGCAGUUGGAGCCCGGGACAGUUCUUAGGAUGUGGACUCGGAAAGGAACGUUUCAGCUUCCGAAGGAUAACAUAACACCAAUAGUGAUGGUCGGACCUGGUACCGGUUUGGCUCCAUUUCGAGCAAUUCUGCAGGAACGGGAAUGUCUGGUCGAACCACGGAAAAGUGGAUCACUAGUUCUGUUUUUCGGCUGUCGAUUUUCAAAUGUAGACUUUCAUUGCGAAGAAGAUUUACGUCGCAUGGAAGAAUCGGGCCUUCUAACACUGUUCUGUGCCUUCUCGCGAAACCAAGAGGACAAAGUUUACGUGCAGCAUGUCAUACGGAAGCAGGGCGCUCUACUGAAAAAGCUUUUAAUGGAACAAAACGGCAUAUUUCUGGUCUCUGGCAGCUCGAAGAAUAUGCCGGAGGCGGUGAGAGAAGCUCUCGGCGAAGCGAUAGGCAGUGCGUCAUAUGUGGAAGAAAUUCUUAAAUGCGAUCGAUAUCAGGAGGAAACUUGGGCAUAGUAAAAAUUAAACGUUUAUUUUUUUUUAUAAA